UAUUCCCUUCUGUUACAUCUCUCUUUUGCAAACAUAUUCACUUUAAAGUUGAAAAAAAAAAAAUAAUAAUACAAAAGAAAAGAAGAGACGCCCCUUCCAUUUCUACAAUCUAUACAAAGCUGUGUGCAGGUUGUAAAUUAAGAGCAAACCUGUACAGAGAAAAAUGCAGCUCUCUCUAGUACCUCCAGUUCCAUCUUCACUCUCUUCGACAAUCUCAACACACUUAAAAGUACAGUGCUGCACUCUCACCCAACCUAUAAAACUCGACAAGAAGUCUAUGGAGAUCAACCGACCUCUCAAGAACUGGGAACACCUUCUUGAUCCAGUUUACAACAACUCAACGUCGUCCUGCUCUGCCUCUCAAAGACCCGUUAAACUGGGCAGCAAAUGGAUGGAAUAUCAGGGUAUUCGAAACUGGGAAGGUUUACUCAACCCUCUCGAUGAUAAUUUACGUGCAGAGAUUCUCCGAUACGGAAACUUUGUUGAAGCAGCAUACAAUUCUUUCGACUUUGAUCCUUCAUCACCUGCCUAUGCCACCUGUCGCUUCCAAAAAAGUACAUUGCUCGAGCGGUCUGGUUUGCCUCAAACCGGUUACCGGUUAACCAAACACUUACGUGCUACCUCAGGUAUCCAACUGCCACGUUGGAUAGAAAAAGCCCCAAGCUGGGUGGCAACUCAGUCUAGCUGGAUAGGCUACGUGGCAGUCUGUCAAGACAAGGAGGAGAUUUCAAGGUUAGGACGACGAGAUGUGGUGAUUUCUUACAGAGGUACUGCUACUUGCCUCGAAUGGCUCGAAAAUUUACGAGCCACCCUGGCUAACAUACCUGAUGCCAAUUCUGAGACAAAGACGAGCGGCCCCUGUUCAUGCGGACCAAUGGUGGAAAGUGGAUUCUUAAGCCUUUAUACUUCUAGAACAGCAAUGGGCCCAAGCCUCCAAGAAAUGGUCCGCGAAGAAAUCCAAAGACUUCUACAAUCUUACGGCGACGAGCCUCUUAGCUUAACCAUUACAGGCCACAGUCUCGGUGCUGCUCUAGCAAUUCUCACUGCUUAUGACAUCAAAACUACAUUCAGAAGUGCACCGCUUGUCACCGUCAUAUCUUUUGGCGGUCCGCGAGUCGGAAACAGGAGCUUCCGACAACAUUUAGAAAAACAAGGCACGAAAGUGCUUCGUAUUGUGAAUUCUGAUGAUCUAAUAACAAAAGUACCUGGUUUUGUAAUCGAUGGAGACAAUGAGAAUGAGAAUGAAGUUAUAAAGAAGAGAGACGUGAACAUCGCCGGAAUUCCUGGCUGGAUCCAGAAAAGAGUGGAGGAGACACAGUGGGCAUAUGCGGAGGUCGGAAAAGAACUCAGAUUGAGUAGCAAAGACUCUCCGUACAUAAAUAGUGUGAACGUAGCCACGUGCCAUGAGCUGAAAACGUACCUACACUUGGUGAAUGGAUUCGUAAGCUCAUCUUGUCCAUUUAGAGCAACCGCCAAGAGAGUCCUUAGUAAACAUAGAAGAUAACAUAAUAACAAAAUAAUCAGUUAGAAUCAGAGAGCUAUCAGCAGAUAAAAGGCGACAAAAAAGAGUCCGUACAGCAUAAGUCCUUUUUCUUUUUUUUGGGGUGAUAAAAGGUGUCAAUAUUCUUUUCCAACAAAACUACAUUCCCUCCGUUAUUCAUUGGACAAGCCUAUCUAUAAUCUUUCCCAGAAAAUACAUAUUUUUGUAACACGCAUAUAUGCCAGGGUUCAAUUUUAUUAUUUUGUUGAAUUUUCCUUUUCAUAUGCAAGAGAUUUAGAUUUUAUUUUCAUGGGUCAAAACAAAUGAUUCUUUAAUAAUCCUUACAGAAUAAAAAUGGUAUACUUCAAUAGCUACCAAGCAUUAAUUACCCUAUGGAUCACAAUGAGAGAGAGAUGUUAUCCUAGUACCUUAGAUUUAAAACAAGACUUGUUAUUCUAGCGUCUAUCCGACUACUGUUCCAUCACAUGGGAAUAAGGGAAGACAAAUAAACAAAUUGAUUUACGUUGAACAGUCCUCGCUUAAUUUACAUUUUGAAAUUUCUCGUCUUUCUCCGAAUGUAAGAACCAAAGAUCCUGCAUGCAUCAAUAAACUCUCUUCAAUUCAAGUAAGAUAUUUUAUGUUAUGUUAUGUAUACUCCAAAAGAAUUGUAUUUUGAUGGUGGAGUGGUGGUGCCAUAGACUUUAUUGCUCUGACAUGCUCUUCUACUUUGCUGUACGUGACUACAACUUGUACUCUUUACACAUUUCUUCUUUUUAUCCCCCCCGCACUCAUUAUCAGGAUUGAUUCAAAUCCAAUCAUUUACGGCAGCCAGCAUUGUAUACGUACGUAUU